AAUCUAAAUGAAUAAGAAGAUUUAAUGACAAUGGCUUUUUGUGCGAAAAUGAGACAGUCAAAGAAACCUGAAGUGGCUGUUGUUACCUAUGAGGGAUUGGAAAUUCAUUUUUAUUUACCGGAUAAGCCCUCCAUUCAUUUUUCUCAAGGAGAGUUUACUUCUGAAGACCUAUGCAUUGAAGCCGCUCUCAAGUGCAAUAUUUCUCCACUCUGCCACAACCUCUUUGGUUUGUAUAAUGAAAAAGAUCAUCUUUGGUAUCCUCCAAAUCACAUUUUCAAAAUUGAUGCCAAUUUGUCUUUCCGACUACAUUACCGAAUGAGAUUCUUUUUUACAAAUUGGCAUGGAACAAAUGAAAAUGAACAAUCUGUGUGGAGACAUUAUCCAAAAAAGCAGAGAGACAUUUAUGAUAGAAAGCAAACGCAAGAGGGCACGCCUCUCCUAGAUGCCAGCUCAUUGGAUUAUCUGUUUGCACAGGGUCAGUAUGAAUUGGUGAAAUGUCUGGCACCAGUCCGAGAUCCAAAAACUGAAGACGAAGUUCAUGAAAUUGAAAAUGAGUGCCUAGGAAUGGCUGUGCUUGCAAUCUCUCAUUAUGCUAUCAAGCAGAAUAUGCAACUUCCUGAGCUUCCCAGGGACAUCAGCUACAAGAGACAUAUUCCUGAAACUCUAAACAGAACCAUUAAACAGAGAAAUUUCUUAACCCGAAUGCGGAUAAAUAAUGUUUUCAAGAAUUUUCUGAAAGAAUUCAACAAUAAAACUAUUUGCGACAGUAGCGUUUCACCACAUGACCUGAAGGUUAAAUACUUGUCAACGUUAGAGACACUGACAAAGUAUUAUGGUGCAGAAAUUUUUGAGGCUACGUAUUUACAGAUAUCCUCAGAGAAUGAGCAAAAUGGUUUUCAUGUCAGUAAUACUGACUGUACGCCCCAGUAUGAAGUGAUGGUAACCGGGAACUCUGGAAUACAAUGGAGACACAAACCUAAUGUUUUUCAAACCGAAAAAGAAAAGAAAACAAAAAGGAAGAAAUCUGAUAAUAAAAGCAAAAAAGGAGAUAAGCAAAAAUGCAGUGACGAGUGGAACAGUUUUUCUUAUUUUCCAGAAAUAACACACAUUGUUCUAAAGGAAGACACCGUCGCCAUCAAUAAUCAGGACAAUAAACGCAUGGGAUUAAAGCUCUCUUCACCAGAGGUGGCGCUCUCCUUUGUAUCUUUGAUUGAUGGGUAUUUCAGACUCACAGCUGAUGCCCACCAUUAUCUCUGCACUGAUGUGGCGCCUCCGUUGAUAGUAAACAACAUAAAGAAUGGUUGUCACGGACCUAUAUGCACUGAAUAUGCUGUUAAUAAGCUAAAGCAAGAAGGAAAUGAGGAGGGAAUGUACGUUUUAAGAUGGAGCUGUACAGAUUUCCACCAUAUCCUUAUGACCGUGGCCUGUUCUAAAAUAUCACAGUAUGACUCCAAACGAUUGAUACAGUACAAGAACUUUCAGAUUGAAGUGAAAAAAGAAAGUUACUGUUUACUGGGGUCUGAUCGAUAUUUUGACUCUCUGAAAGAUCUAAUGAAGCAUCUAAAAGGGCAGGUUCUAAGGACAGACGAUGUGAGCUUUACAUUAAAGAAGUGCUGCCCUCCAAAGCCAAGAGAAAUUUCAAACUUGUUAGUUGCCACAAAAAAAGCCGUGGAGUGGCAACCGGUGUACCACCUGAGUCAGCUGAGCUUCCAUCGCAUUCUCAAAGACGAAAUUGUGCAGCUGGAGCACUUGGGAAGAGGAACAAGAACACAGAUCUAUGCUGGCAAACUGAACUACAGAGACGAUAGUGACAAUGACAGCUGUUUGAAUGAGAAGGAAAUAAAAGUCAUACUUAAAGCUUUAGACCCAAGUCACAGAGACAUUUCAUUGGCCUUUUUUGAGACUGCAAGUAUGAUGAGACAAGUGUCGCACAGACAUAUUGUACUUCUUCAUGGUGUUUGUGUCCGAGACGUGGAAAAUAUCAUGGUUGAAGAGUUUGUGGAUUUUGGCCCCUUAGACCUGUUUAUGCAUCGUAAAAGUGAUGUUCUUACAACACCAUGGAAAUUCAAAGUAGCCAAGCAGCUUGCAAGUGCCCUGAGUUACUUGGAAGAUAAAGAUUUAGUUCAUGGAAAUGUAUGUACAAAGAACAUUCUACUGGCAAGAGAAGGCAUUGACAACGACGUUGGUCCUUUCAUAAAACUGAGUGAUCCUGGUAUACCAAUAACCGUCCUAACCAGACAAGAACGUGUGGAACGAAUUCCUUGGAUUGCUCCUGAAUAUGUUGAAGACUGCAAAGUAUUGAGUGUUGCAGCAGACAAAUGGAGCUUUGGAACAACCUUAUGGGAAAUUUGUUAUAAUGGGGAAGUUCCUCUGAAAGAUAAAACAUUGGCAGAGAAAGAGCGAUUUUAUGGAGGUUCUUUCAUGUUGGUGGCGCCAUCUUGCAAAGAGUUAGCAGAUCUAAUAAAACACUGUAUGAAUUAUGACCCAAACAGAAGACCCUUUUUCAGGGCAAUCAUGAGAGAAAUAAAUAAACUGGAAGAGCAAAAUCCAGAUAUAGUGUCUGAAAAAACACCUUUAGGAGAAGUCGACCCAACAUUGUUUGAGAAACGAUUCCUGAAAAGGGUUCGAGAUUUGGGAGAGGGGCAUUUUGGGAAAGUUGAGUUAUGCAGGUACGAUCCAGAAGGUGACAACACUGGUGAGCUUGUAGCAGUAAAAUCACUGAAACCAGGAACUGGGGGCAAUCACAUUGCGGAUCUGAAAAAAGAAAUUGAAAUUCUGAGAAAUCUCUACCAUGACAACAUUGUAAAGUACAAGGGAAUUUGUGCAGAAGAUGGAGGCAAUGCAAUUAAACUAAUAAUGGAGUAUCUUCCUUCUGGAAGCCUGAAGGAGUACCUGCCACGAAAUGUGAAUAAAAUAAAUCUUAAGCAGCAGCUUAAAUAUGCAGUACAGAUUUCACGGGGAAUGGAAUAUUUAGGUUCACGCCAAUAUGUCCAUCGAGACUUGGCUGCACGAAAUGUUCUAGUUGAAAAUGAGCAGAGAGUGAAAAUUGGAGAUUUUGGUUUAACAAAAGCAAUUGAAACAGACAAGGAAUAUUACACUGUCAAGGAUGACUUGGACAGUCCUGUUUUUUGGUAUGCGCCAGAGUGUUUGCUGCAUUGCAAAUUUUACAUUGCCUCUGAUGUCUGGUCAUUUGGAGUCACCUUAUAUGAGCUGCUGACCUACUGUAAUUCAGAAUAUAGUCCAAUGGCGAUGUUUUUGAAAAUGAUCGGUCCAACACAAGGUCAGAUGACUGUUACUCGUCUUGUUCGUGUCUUGGAAGAAGGGAAACGCUUACCAAGUCCACCAGAUUGCCCAAAUGAGGUUUACGAGCUCAUGCUGAAGUGCUGGGAACAAACACCAAGUAAACGGACAACUUUUCAGGCCCUAAUCAAAGAGUUUGAAACUCUUAUAAACAAGAUGUAGGCGACUUGAUGUAUAUUGAUCUAUAAAGUCUGAAUAUACUUAAGACUCUUUAA